AUGGCGAAAUUUUUGUGUGAUUUUCGGUUACUUCUCUUUGUUGCAGCGGCCGUCUUCAUCUACAUCCAGAUGAGACUUUUCUCAACACAAUCACAAUAUGCUGAUCGCCUUGCUGCUGCUAUCGAAGCUGAAAAUCACUGUACAAGUCAAAUGCAAUCACUCAUUGACCAGAUUAGCUUGCAACAAGGACGCAUUGUCUCCCUAGAAGAAGAAAGGAAGCGCCGAGACCAAGAAUGUGGGCAAAUGAAGUCUCUUGUUCAAGAUCUUGAAAGUAAAGAAGUAAGAAGACUGAUCGAUAAAGUGCAGGUUCCAGUGGCAGCUGUUGUGAUCAUGGCAUGUAAUCGUGCUGAUUACCUGGAGAGGACUAUCAAUUCUGUAUUGAAAUACCAAAGGGCCAUUUCGUCAAGAUUUCCUUUAUUUGUAUCUCAGGAUGGAUCAAAUUCAAAUGUCAAAAGUAAGGCUUUGAGCUAUGAUGAGCUAUCUUAUAUGCAGCACUUAGAUUUUGAGUCGGUUCAAACUGAAAGGCCAGGAGAGUUAAUUGCGUACUACAAGAUUGCACGUCAUUACAAGUGGGCUCUAGGUCAACUGUUCUACAAGCAUAACUUCAGCCGAGUUAUCAUUCUUGAAGAUGACAUGGAAAUAGCACCUGAUUUCUUUGAUUACUUUGAAGCUAUGGCAACUCUCCUUGACAAGGAUAAGUCCAUUAUGGCUGUUUCGUCAUGGAAUGACAAUGGACAGAAGCAGUUUGUACAUGAUCCAUACGAACUUUAUCGCUCGGACUUCUUUCCUGGACUAGGAUGGAUGCUGGCUAGAUCUACAUGGGAUGAAUUAUCACCAAAAUGGCCAAAGGCCUACUGGGACGAUUGGUUGAGAUUAAAAGAGAAUCACAAAGGACGACAAUUUAUCAGACCUGAAGUAUGCAGAACAUAUAAUUUUGGAGAACAUGGUUCUAGUCUGGGACAGUUUUUUAAGCAAUAUCUUGAGCCAAUCAGGCUGAACGAGGUCCAGGUCGACUGGAAAUCAAUGGACUUGAGCUAUUUGUUGGAGGACAAAUAUAAUAUACACUUCGCCAACAAUAUUAAAAAAGCUAAACCUGUCUCUGGAGCAGACAUCGUUCAAAAGACACACAAUAUAGAUGGUGAUGUGCGUAUUAAGUAUAAUGAUCAGUGGGACUUUGAAAACAUUGCUCAGCAAUUCGGUGUAUUUCAAGAGUGGAAGGAUGGUGUGCCUAGGACAGCUUAUAAAGGAGUAGUGGUUUUCAGAUAUCAAACCACGAGGCGUGUAUUUCUUAUUGGUCCAGAAUCUUUGAAGCUACUUGAGAUUGAAGAUUUAGAUUCUUAA